UGCAACCUACACCAGUGUUUGUUGCGAAGACUUCUUCUCUAGCCAGAGUCUGCUUUAUUAUAUUGAAAAUCUUGUUCUUCUUUAGAUUUAUGAAGAUCACUUGCUUCCUUGAAUUACAACCCAAUACGCAAUUCAUCAGUUCCUCCUCGUCUCCUUACAUAUUGGUCCUGCUUGCAACAGAGAACUAGCAGGCAAAGAUGGCUACCAGAGGAGGAUCAACCGCCUCUCGCUCUUUACAAGAUACUCCCACUUGGGCGCUUGCAACAGUUUGCUUCGUCUUCGUAGCCUUGUCCAUUUUUAUUGAACAUUUGAUUCAUCGCCUCAGCUGUUGGCUCAGGAAAAACAGGAAGACUGCCUUGUUUGAAGCUGUGGAGAAGCUUAAGUCAGUCCUUAUUGUGUUGGGAUUCAUGUCUCUGAUUCUGACAUUCACUCAAUACUACAUAAUCAAAAUAUGUAUACCGAUCAAGAUUGCAAACACUAUGCUGCCCUGCGGUCAACAAUUGACCACCAAAACAACAAAAGCACUUGGAGUCUCAUUAGAAGAACGAAGAUUGGCUGUUCGAACGACUGGAUCUUCCUACGAUUACUGUGAUUCCAAGGGAAUGACAUCUCUGAUAUCAAAGCAAGGGCUCAACCAGCUUAGCAUUUUCAUCUUUGUGAUAGCUGUAAUGCAAAUUGUGUAUAGUGUUCUUACCAUGGCUUUAGGAAGGAUUAAGAUGAGGCGUUGGAAAGCUUGGGAGAGAGAGACUCGGACUGUGGAAUACCAAGCCGCUAAUGAUCCAAAUAGGUUUAGAUUCACAAGACAAACGACUUUUGGUCGUCGGCAUAUGAACUCUUGUACAAGAACAACACUACAGCUAUGGGUUAAAUGCUUUUUCAGGCAGUUCUUCAAUUCAGUGGCAAAAGUUGACUACCUUACUCUGCGUCUUGGUUUUCUUUCAGCCCAUUUAUCUCCAGAUAGCUCCUUUGAUUUCCGAAAGUACAUUCAACGAUCCCUUGAAGAUGAUUUCAAAACCGUAGUUGGUAUCAGUCCAUUCAUGUGGUUCCUGAUGGUCAUCUUCAUGCUUGUCGACGUCCAUGGGUGGCGUGUCUAUUUAUGGGUGUCAUUUCUCCCACUUUUUAUAGUGCUAGUUGUUGGAACCAAACUGGAAGUUGUGGUGGCAGAAAUGGCUCUGCAAAUAAAAGAUCAGAACAGUGUGAUCAAAGGAGCCCUUCUAGUGGAACCAAAUGACAAUCUGUUCUGGUUCAGACAUCCCAAGUUUGUCCUGACUCUCUUGCAUUAUACUUUGUUUAUGAAUGCGUUUGAGCUUGCAUUCUUUGUUUGGGUUACGUUGCAAUUUGGGAUCAAAUCUUGCUACCAUGAACAUAAAGAUAUCGUCAUUAUCAGGGUUGUCUUGGCGGUGACAGUCCAAAUCCUCUGCAGUUACAUUACUCUUCCCUUAUAUGCCCUUGUAACCCAGAUGGGGUCACAAUUCAAGAGUGCCGUGCUAGAAGAACAAACAGCAAAUACAAUAAAGGCGUGGCAUGCUAGGGCGAAAGGAAAACGAAAGAAACAAGGAUCCUUAUCAUCACGACCUGGUCACGGAUCUUCAUCUCCGAUAGAUUCCAGCGUUAGAAGCAUUAGUCCCCGUGAAACCUCCUUGCAUUCUAAUUUAGCACCAACUUUUCCUUUAGAAAGUUCUACUGGCCAUACUCAUGAGAUUGUUGAACAUGCUCAAGAUGAGUUUAACCCUCCUAUUAUUUCCCACUCUGUAGUGCAAAUAGAAAUGCCUCAUAGGACCCGAAUCCAAAGUUCAUUAGAAUCAGACGCAGUGUCGACUGGUAAUGCUGUUUCUUAGUGCGUAACUUGUUAAAGUUUUUACAUGUUAUUGUGUUUAUAACUAUAAUGUAUAUCCUUUCAAAAAAAAAAAACUAUAAUGUAUAUGAUUUAGUACCCAUGAUUUAUUUGAAAAUUAGUGAA